AAGAAACGUAGAUCUCUGAAAUAAAAUAAAGGCAAACAGGUUCCUGUGAGCGCAGCCGGGGGGGCCGGGGCUGAGGGUGCCGGGGCCGCGGCUGAGGCGCACGAACACGGCUCCGGAGCGGCUCAGGGCUCCCGGAUCUGGGGACAGAAGUGAGAUUGGAGAAAGUAGAGCGAUGCCAAGGAGGAAACAGCAAGCACCCAAACGGGCUGCAGGUUACGUCCAAGAGGAAGAUUUAAAGGAAGAGGAAGAUAUAAAGGAGGAGGAAGAAGAUGAUGAUGACAAUUCAACUGCUCAGCUCCAGGGCAGCAAUGACACCGGAACGGAUGAAGAACAUGAUGUGGGUCCUGAGCAGAAAGGGAACUUCAGCUACCAGAAUUCCCCUGUCAGUCAUAUAUCUACCCAAGAUGCAGAAAAUGAAUCACUGCUGAGUGAUGGUAGUGACCAUGUGACAGAUGUUAAAAGCAUUUGCUCUAGAGAGCCGCAGGAUCCAAAAACCAGCACCCAUCCCAAAGCCCAGAAUGAAGCACACAACUGCAUGGAUAAAAUGACAGCAGUCUAUGCCAACAUACUGUCAGACUCUUACUGGACAGGCUUGGGGCUGGGUUUCAAGUUGUCCAACUCUGAAAAGAGGAGUUGCGACAACAGAAAUGGAGGGAGCAAAGCUGAUUUUGAUUGGCAUCAAGACGCACUGUCAAAAAGCUUACAACAGAAUUUACCUUCCAGACCUGUCUCGAAACCCAACCUGUUCAGCUCCGUCCAGCUCUACCGGCAGAGCAGCAAAAUGUGUGGGACGGUGUUCACUGGUGCCAGCAGGUUUCGGUGCCGGCAGUGCAGCGCAGCCUACGACACGCUGGUCGAACUAACAGUUCAUAUGAAUGAAACAGGUCACUACCAAGAUGACAACCACAAAAAGGACAAGCACAGACCUACCAGCUACUCUAAGCCUCGAAAAAGGGCUUUCCAGGACAUGGACAAGGAAGAUGCACAAAAAGUUCUGAAGUGCAUGUUCUGCGGUGAUUCCUUUGAUUCCCUUCAAGAUUUGAGCGUUCACAUGAUCAAAACAAAACAUUACCAAAAAGUGCCUUUGAAGGAGCCGGUACCAACCAUUUCUUCAAAAAUGGUCACUCCAGCAAAGAAACGCGUGUUUGACGUUAACAGGCCUUGUUCCCCCGAUUCCACAACGGGGUCUUUCUCAGACACUUUUUCUCCACAGAAGAAUGGGAACCUGCAGUUAUCCUCCAACAACCGCUACGGCUACCAGAAUGGUGCCAGCUAUACGUGGCAGUUUGAGGCCUGCAAAUCCCAGAUUUUGAAGUGUAUGGAGUGUGGAAGUUCCCAUGACACUUUGCAGCAGCUCACGACCCACAUGAUGGUUACUGGCCACUUCUUGAAAGUCACAAGUUCAGCUUCGAAGAAAGGAAAGCAACUUGUUCUAGAUCCUUUAGCUGUGGAAAAAAUGCAGUCGCUCUCUGAAGCACCAGCCAACGACAGCCCGGUGUCAAAAUCAAUCAGUAAAUCAUCAUCUGCAGAAUGCAUAGCUCCUGCAUCUGAAAUUAAAAAAGAAAGUAAAAAAGAUAAAGCUGAUGAUGCAAACAAAGAUGAGAAAGCAGUAAAAACUGAAGAGUAUGAGGACACUCUUCAGAAACCACUGGAUCCCACAAUGAAAUACCAGUACCUCAGAGAAGAAGAUUUAGAAGAUGGUUCAAAAGGUGGUGGGGACAUUUUAAAGUCUUUGGAGAACACUGUCACGACGGCCAUCAAUAAAGCUCAAAAUGGAGCACCUAGCUGGAGCGCAUAUCCCAGCAUCCACGCAGCUUAUCAGCUCUCAGAAGGAGCUAAGCCAUCUUUGCCUGUGGGUUCCCAAGUACUGCAAAUCAGGCCAACAAUGGCCAACAAGUUGAGGCCCAUAGCUCCAAAGUGGAAAGUCAUGCCUCUCGUCCCUAUCUCAGCAAACGUGGCUCAGUGCACUCAAGUGAAGAAGGAAACUGAUGACAGGGAGGAGGUACAAAAGGACUAUGCUAAAGAGAGCAUUCAAGCUGAGCAUGUUUCACUCAGCCAGACUGAGAGGGGACCUAUCCUCAAAUCUGAAGCCUCUGGGGAGCCAAAAAAGACAGAACCAUGUCCCUUGAAAGAGGAAGACAAAAUUAAAGAGGACAGUGGAAAAGAAAAAUCAGCCCUCAAGGAACCAACAACAGCUUCUCUUAGUAAUGGUUGUGCUGCUGCCAACCAUUCAUCAGAGCUGCCUUGUGUCAACCCUCUCAGUGCCCUGCAGUCGGUACUGAAUAAUCACUUGGGCAAAGCCACUGAGCCUCUACGGCCCCAGUCCAACUCCAGCCCCAGCUCUAGCACGAUUUCUAUGUUCCACAAAUCUAAUUUAAAUAUGAUGGAGAAGCCAGUUUUAUCUCCUACUCCAACCCCACCAAAGCCUGCAAGCGUAACCAGGCACUAUUUGUUUGAAAAUAAUGAUCAGCCUAUUGACCUGACCAAAUCUAAAGGCAAGAAAGCUGAGUCAGCUCAAGCACAAUCCUGUACUUCUCCACCUCAAAAACAUGCUCUGUCUGACAUUGCUGAUAUGGUCAAAGUUCUUCCCAAAGCUACUACACCAAAACCUGCUGCAUCUUCAAGGAUCCCAUCUAUGAAGUUGGAAAUAGAUGUCCGACGCUUUGAAGAUGUCUCAACAGAAGUCUCCACUCUGCAUAAAAGGAAGGGCAGGCAGUCGAAUUGGAACCCUCAGCAUCUUCUCAUUUUGCAAGCUCAGUUUGCUUCCAGCCUCUUCCAGACAUCCGAAGGUAAAUAUUUAUUAUCAGAUCUAGGCCCACAGGAGCGUAUGCAGAUCUCAAAAUUUACCGGACUGUCAAUGACCACCAUCAGCCACUGGUUGGCAAAUGUCAAGUACCAACUUAGGAAAACUGGAGGAACAAAAUUUUUGAAAAACAUGGACAAAGGGCAUCCAGUCUUUUAUUGCAGCGACUGUGCAUCUCAGUUUCGAACCCCAUCUACUUACAUUAGCCACUUAGAAUCCCAUCUAGGUUUCCAAAUGAAAGACAUGAACAGGCUGGCUGUGGAGCAGCAAACCAAGGUAGAGCAAGAAAUCUCCAGAGUUUCAGUUCAAAGGUCUCCUGAAACAAUAGCUGGAGAAGAGGACACAGACUCUAAGUUCAAAUGUAAGUUGUGCUGUCGGACAUUUGCGAGCAAACAUGCUGUAAAACUUCAUCUAAGCAAAACACACAGCAAGUCACCAGAACACCAUUCACAAUUUGUAGCAGAAGUGGAUGAAGAAUAACUCUUAAGGACGAAUGCCUUAGCUCCAGCUCUCCAGCCCAGGCUCCCACACCCAGCCCGUCUCUGCGCAUCACCCCAAUCCUGACAUUGAACUCACAGCAACCCGGACCGAGAAGACUGCCAAAAAAUCUCCAGCUAUUCUUCUUCAUCCUCACUAACAAUUUGGUAAUGAAGUAUUGAUUUCCACUCUCCUGCUUAUGGACGAUAUUAGAUUUUCAUUGAUAAACUGCACUGGGGCUGUCUGGUCUCCACUGUCCCUUUUUGCUGUCACUAAAACAAAGUGCCACUGAAGUAAGAUAAUGACUGAGAACAUUGAUGUACUUAUUUCGUCAAUUUGUAACACUUGACAGGAAAAAAAAAAUUCUUCAUAGUUUAAUGUCCAACUGUUCUACACAAGAUGCAGUCACAUUGGAAGCUUUACUUUUCAUGGUAAUGUCCAUUUCCUAUUUAUAACCCCUUUGGGAUAGUUUGUCUAAAGGAAAUGUUUCUAUUCAGUGCAGCUAUUACUGUUGCACCUGGGUUGCCCAAUCCAGUCAUUGCACUAGGGAUCAAUACAUCACAGUAAGUACAAGAAUUAUUAAGUUAAAACAGAUUCUGAGCCAAAAAACCUCUGAACAAUGUUAAUCUUCUGUGCAAGUUGUUCAAAUAGUUACGCUUAACCAUGUUGCUGCCAAAGAUUUGUUUGAAAUGGAUUAUUGUCAGUUUGUUCUAUUCCUCAGAUAUAUAUAUAUAUAUAUUUAAAUCUCCGUUACGGUUUAUGACGGGACGUGCGAUGGAGUGGUUUUUAGAGAGAAGUACUAUUGUUAGAUUGCUGAGCGUUAUGUGAGCGUAGGUAUAUCUAUAUAUAAAUAUCACUGUGCACAUAUCUAUAUAUAGAUAUAAGAUAACACAGUGCAAGUCCUUUCUCAGUUAGGUGCGUGCAAAUCCAGAUCUCUGAGUCGGAGCCAAUGGAGCCCCGUUGGGUUCACGGCCUGCUUGGAGGUCAGGGCUGCCGGCCCGGCCCGGGGGAAGGGCUGAGGAUGGCAACUUCAAAUCCUAACUUUUUUCAUUAAAACUUUGAGCUCCCGAUUUUAAUUUGUGGAAUAUUCACGUUAAUAAUGAGAUCUAAUUAAGACAUCCAUUAAAAGCCCGUUAAAGUUAAUUUAACGUAAAAAUUCCAAUAGAACUGUAUUAGAUUUUCUCCAUUAAAUUAACGUUAUGGAUUUUUAACGGAUGUCUUAAUUAUACAUUAUUAUUAACGGGAAUACUGUAUCACACAGAUUAAAAUCGGGUCCCGAGUCAACUCACAAGAGCUGGCUGGGUGUGCUGAUGCCACCAGCGCGACCCGACGCACUGCCUGCAGAGCCCUGCUUGCUCCAGCCGAGCUUUUCCUGGCAACUGGAGCAACCUGCAGCAGACAAAUCCAUCUCUGCGUUUAACAAUGAGCUUUCCUGAGUCUCAAAGGCAAGAUGUGCCUGGAUCCAGUUGCAAACCGUUACUCUGUCGCGAAUGAAAUAUUCAAAGUACGCUGGGCACAAUUUGAGAAUUGGAUUUUUCUCAUGCAAGAGAGAGGGCUUUGGGCUGUCUUCUACUAUUAUAUUUUAGACAUUCAAGGAUAAAAUUCGAGUGCAGCAUUCACAACGUCGGACUGAAUGUGUUUACUGUAUCCCCCCUUGCUUUUGCGCGUGGGCCUCUUUUGGAGAUGUUUGGGAAAUUUUGACAUGAUCCCUAAAUUCGACAUGGAGGAGAAAAAAAAGGCCCUUCUUAUUUACCUCCUAGGGAAAGAGUUGCCCUUAUGCCACAUAUAAUAGCAAAUUGCUUUUUUUAUGGCAUGCAUAACCUAGAUGGGAAAAAAUAUGGCGCUUGAGGGAAGGAGGGAAAAAGUAAAUGAAGUUCCAGGAAUGUCAUUCUGAAGUAAUGAGGCAUGGACAGAAAAUAUACCCCUCACAUCAUCGGAUUGAGAUGGCAGUCGAAAUAGCUUCAUUGAAGUGUCAGCACUCAUCCAUCAAUCAAUCAUCCACAAGGAAAAAUAGCGACAGUACAACGGGGCGGCUUUUAUGGGAUUUACUCAUGGGCAUAGGGAAUAGCAGCUCAAAUGUAGUUCUGACAUGAAAAGCAAGGUGCUGAUAUUAUUUUUUAUGAUGGGAGGAUCAUAAAGUGAAUUGAGAACAGUGAGGUCUGUCUUUGCUUAACCUAUUCAACUGGAAAUGAACGGAGCUCAACUGGAAACGAGCAGAGCCUUCAGAUGGGUUAAGAUUGAAGCCUGCGCCGUGCUGAGUGCCGUCCAUUGACAACAAAAUUCUAUUAAAGCAAAAUCAAUGCAUUAGCAUCGAGCUCUGCAGAAGCUGUUAAAUUGCACAGCCCAGUUCAGAGUUAUUAAGUGAAGUUACACAAGGUGAGGGCCCGCAGCACAGACCCAAAAGCAGCGCCGCAAUAAAACGCCACCUGGGAGAAACUGCCAGCAUGGCUCCAUCCCCGCUCCUCUCCUGAGCUUUUGUAGGUGUUAGAACACUGCUGGCCUCAUUCUGGCCCUCGAUGGAUGAAAAUCCCACCGACUCCUGCGCCCACUGGUUGGUGUCCUGCAGUUCCGCCGUGACAGAAAUGUGACCCGGAGCUGCAGGAGGGCACCCCCAGCCCAAGCAUCGGGGCUGUGCAGGGCACCUGCUGCUCACCUUUGGCAGAAGAGAGGUGCUCCCGUGUCUGCAGCAGGCUGUGGUUGUGCUCAUGGUGAGGAGGGGGGCCAGCAUCCAUCACCGCCUCAUUUGAGAGGGCUUUCUGGCUGUCAGGGCUGGAAGCACGGUGGAUCCGGGGCUGAUCCCACCGAGGGAGGGCUGGCUCGCCCCACGCCUUGUUUUGCUCAAGAAGCUUUGCUCUGGCACAGGCAAGUGCAGGGACAGCUACUUCAUUUAAAAUCUGGCCACAAACCUUUAUUACACAGUGCUAAACCUUGAUUAUUUUGCCUGCAUCGCUGUCCUCUGGGAACAUUUUAUAUACACAUUUGAAUUAAGUGAUUAUUUUUUUUUUUUACAAUAAGAUAUAAAAAAAGAAAAUGUACGUCUCUCCUCUCUCUUUCUCUGUAUGAAACUGGAAGAGUUGAUAGUUUAUCUGUCAUAUAAAUCAGGUAACAUAGAAAAUCAUUGCAUCUUUUCUCUGUCGUAUCUACUCAAUAUCUAUCGCUCUGACUUUUAUUCUUAUUGGAGAUCAUCAAAACAUUAAUUAAAAGCCUGGUGAUCAAACAGCCGAAUAUUUAUGAUUCACGUCCUUGCUUAUUAACAAGUGGCAUAUUGAUACACCACGUAUCCAAGCUGUUUAUGCUCUUGCACUGCAAUAAAGCAGCAAGAAUUGUUACCUCUGUACACUGCUUUGAGAGAUUUAUUCAGAAACCAGAACUCCCUUCCUGCCCCCAUACGUGUCAAAAAAAGCCAUAUCACCUUAAAAAUAUAUAUUUUAUUUUAAAAGGGGGAGACAAAAUUAGCAUCUCUUUGGAACCUAAUAUAUAAGAAUUCCAGUGUAUCAGUCUCAGGUGUUUUUCCGGGCCUUUAUUAUUUCAGUUGAGAAGGAGGACACUUAACUUUAAAAAUGGCUGUCAUUAGUGCAAUAAUAAUUGUCGGUUUAAAAAAAUCUUUGAGAAUCCACUAACAAACCUACCUAGUAAUUACUUGUCAGUGCAACUUCAUCAUGAUUUUUAUUACCUACUUGUGAAAGUAUUUACAGGACUGACCUCCCGAGCUUUUUUAGAGAUCACGGAGGAUAUAGGAAGUCGUGUUUAAAAUCAAUAAUUAUAUAUUAACACAAUAGGGGUUGAGGCCUUCCAAGCCAUCUUUGCAGGCUGUGGUGCCUGCUCACACCUCUGCAGGGCAAUCGCUGUUUUCCUAAGUUUUAGUCUCAAUUCUUUCAUCCAUCACAUUGUGACAAAGCGCCCUGUUUGCCACUGAUCCUCUGUGCCCUCUGCCCCUUGGGCAGAUCCCCGAUGAGGUGUGCAGGCACAGAUGGGCUUUGCACAGAAAACAAACAGCAAUCUGUGAUAGAAGGGCUGAGUACAGAAAAGGCAGGAAAAACAAUGGGGUUCGGGGCAGCCCUUGGGUAAGUGCUACCCAGAGGGAUUUGCUGUUAGGGUGCUUCUUCCUGCUAAUUACCAACGGCCUGACCCUGCCUGCAGUCUGUCCCCAGUGCCAGCUGGCCCUGCGAUGAGUCCUGCAGGAAGAAGACACUGCAGCCAAACCCACUGAGGAAAUAGAUGGCCAAAGGUGGCAGACAGAGGUUUCCAUGGACGUUUCUUCCCAGCACAGUGGGGCUCUGCUCAGUGCUUGGGGACAGGCUGGGCUGAGGCCGUGUCCCCAUCCCCAAUGUAACUCUCCAGCUGGUCCAAGUGUUCCUGCGACGUGGAGGUGGCUCUCUGUCACACAGAGCCUUUGUCUUCUCAAACAGAUAUACGAUGCAAUUUAUAUUUAAAAUUCUCUCCAUAAAGACAGUAUUGAUCACAGAUUCCCAAUCAAUACAUUGCAAUUACAACAGGCUUUAAGGGCCAUCUGUCCCCAAGCAAAAGAACUGAUAUAACCACCUCUAUAUUUUUUGAAAAACCACUACUGUUGUGUGCCCAUCCUCCUGCACAUCCCGAUGCAUCAUUUUUGCUCCCAGGAAGAGGUGGUUGGGAGCUGCAUAGCUGUAAUUCCUCUUGCCUGCCCCACACAAAGUGACAGGGGACAGCUUCUCUUCGGGCUACAAAGUCACUAUGGGGUCCAUGGCGACUUUGCUGGCUGCUUUUCCUGCUGCCCUCACACGUGAGCCACCUGCUGCCUCUUCCCUUCUUCCCACCCCAUCUGCUGUAGGAAAUGAUCCUCCAGGCAUUACUGAAUUUCUCUAAAACAAAUGACUUUUCAGGAACACUGCUGAACAGUUUCAGUCGGGCACCAGGAGGUACAAACUGAGUCUUUUUUAUGUAUGACACUCUGGGCCACAGACAGAAACAUUGCAGAUUUUGUAAGGGAUAAAACUACAUGCAUCUAACGGUAGAUUUCAAGUCAUGUGUCACCAAAUUAAGGAGCUGCUUCAUCAGCACCUGAAGCCAACACACUCCUUUCUGUUGAUGGCACUGAAUAAAUACCCACCACAGAAAGAAAUGCUGCCUGCAGUUUCCUUUUCCUUCUUUUCUUAAAGCAGUUUCCUGCAGUAAUGGCAGCACACCACAAGUACAGAGUGCAGGGUUUUGUUCUCCAAAUGUCUUUGGAGGGGAAACGAGGGAAUACAAAAGCGGGGACAGCAGAAGCUGCAGUCAGACCUUCGCAAGUGACCGUGUGCCAGGAGCCGUGGUCACAUUCUGAAUGCAGCUGUGUGGUGUAAAUCCAGAGUAACUCCUUCCUUUGGGUUCGGUUUAUUCACAAGAGCCAAGCGCAGUCCGAGCAGUCCUCACCUCGGACUCCUCACGUGUUUAGAGGGUUCUGAAAACAGCUUCAGCAAACAGUCUCUGGGUUGGCGCAGAUUAAAUCUAAGGCACAGUCUGCACUUAGAAGUUGUACAGUUAUGUCAGGGAAGUGACUGCAAAAACUUCUUGUCGAGGUGACUACACUGGUAGGAAUCCCAGUGUGAAGCCAGUUGUAGCACUAGACAGCAGUGCAGCCCGUGUUGCAUUGCUGGACGACUUACAGCAGCAGAAGCACUUCUAUCCCAGUACACUUCAGCCUGCGCUUUGGCAGCUCGGUGUUUUUUGGCAAAAAUAUUAAGAGUAGAUAGAAGUUUAAGCUGGCGCUGCUCUUUUUGGUACCAAAGUGUCUGUACAAUAUUUUCUUGGAGAGUAUUUUAAAGAUUAAAGCAAUGGUACCUCUGGGCCCAACCGCAGUCAUAAACCUCCAGUUUGUCCUCACUCACAGCUGAUGAAACGGCUUCAGGCCUUUGUAGAAAGCCCUGCUGGACUUCACACGCUCACCCCAAGCAGGUCGGGUGGCUCUGCUGAGGUCACACCACCUAGCUUUCCUCCGAGUAAAGACGACAAAUUCUCUCCAUAGACAUCUCAGAUGAGAAAGCAGGAAAUAAAGAUGGACGUUUUAAAACGCAAAUGGAAAUAAAACCUCGCUGAGUGCAGCAGCGCAGCCAUGGCGCUCCGCCCCGCUGGGUCCCUCCAUAGCUGUGCCCACCUGCACUCAGCACCGAGCGAAGCUGCAGAUCUCUUCAGGAUAGACGAAGCAAUGUUUUGGCUUUAGAGCACAGCAAAUGCUGGAAUGUGCAAUACAGGUUGCAAAAGCUGACAAGCUAAACAGUUCUUAUUUGGCUCAGGGUACUUAACUGUCGUAUGUCUCCGGUACGAGAUUCCCUCCCGCCCGGUGCUCAGGCACUCUUAUUUGUCCUUUCCUUUCUUAGGGUCUUUUUGGUGUUUUGUUGUUUGUUUGUUUGUUUUUUCUGGAGCAUUUGUUUUGUCUUUUAUUAUCUUGAAUACGUCAGCACAAACCGUAAGAGAUCCAACCUGGUUUUAAAUCAGAGCAUAGAUGGCCAUCAUGGUGAACCUCUCAGGUUUGCUGUGCCCCAGUGCUUGCGGUGUGUGGUACGUUCCCUAUUGGCAGCAUCUUCAGGUUACAUACAUGACCCGUGGUGUUAGUUCUAGCAUUUUGUUUAAAAUAAUAAUAAUAAAAUGAAUCAAGAGCUUAUUUCUCUUUAAAAAAGAAGUGUAUAUAUAAAACAAAUUGCAAAAUGAAAGAUUAAAGGCAUUUUUUAUACGAGCAACGCAAACGGGAUUCCUUUCAAGGAGGACUGAUGGGGACUUCUGCGUAGAAUGUUGCAGUGCUGCUGCACUGAUUUUGAGACGAGCGCAUGCUGUACAGAAUACAUUGCCUGCGUCCCUGGGCGGAGGGGCAAGCUGCUCUUCGUGGUGCACUGCAGCUUGUUGGGAUGGAAAGUUACACCUUCGAUGCAUUUUUAUACUGUACAUAUUUGUAUAUAUUAACUAUAUUGCCAUGUUCUGAACACAGAUUUUGUUAUAUCUGCUUGUUUCUGUUUCCUACAAACAUUGGUCCAUAGCAGGGGAUUUUUAUUUUUAUUUUUUUCUCUAGAAAAUAUGCUUGUAAUUUUUGUUUGUUUCUCUUCUUGGUCGUCACCUUUAAUGGCUCAAACAGGAAUUAGGGAUGGGUUUUUUGGAGGAACUGAGAGAAGCAAGGCUGUGUUUGCAUGAGAGCUGCCCAACUGCUGGCUGUACCGGGGGGGUGGGGGGAGAGGGGAAAGCUCACUCAAGUUUUGCUUUUAAAGCAUGCUUUGUCCCAUGGGAAAACUCAUACACGUACAAUUAUUCUCUUUGUAUUUUAUCUAAUAGUGCCUGAAUAUUAUUUUUUUUUAAUGUCUUCUUGGAGGAACUAUUCAUAAUUGUCAAAAUUUGAAACAUUAGCUUAAUUUCGUUUUCAUGACCUCUCAUUUCUCCCCCUUAUUUAUUUUGUUGCUGUUUAUAAUGGGCCCCAAGGCCGUUCCUGACAUCGCAGCGUUCCUCUUCCACAUUAAGGAUGUUUUUAAAAUGACUGAGAUCGUUGAGCCAACAGGCUGCUUUAAUCAAAACCAUGUUUCACUCCGUUCCGACGCUACCAGCGGUCGGAGCAGCGCAGUGCUGGAGCACCGUCCCACCUAGCGGUGCAGCUCCGCACAGCGCCCGGCCUGCUGCCAGCGCUGCUUCCGACUGCUUGCUUAUUGCCACCGACGUAAACGAAGCAAAUUGAAAAUGUUAAUGAUACAUAUAUAUUUUUUUUAAUAUAUAUCUGGUUGAUUGCUCCGUAAAUUUGUAUAAUUUAUACGAGAGGAGAUUACCGCUUUUAUUGUUUUGGGUUCCCCCAGACCGAUUAUUAACAAUCAGGACCACGUAUCUCAUUAAAUUUAAAUCAGGGCAAACCUACUGAGCGAAGGCCUUUGCUGAUGUGCAGGACGCCUGGAUUCCAGCGUGUUUAGGAAGUAUUUGUGUGGAUGGUUCCCAAGCGUCGGAAUCUCCCAAUAGUGAUUUCGUGUCCUGUAUUUUUAUCGUGGCAAAUGGGUGUUAAAAAAAAAGAAUCCCUCAACUUUACCACAGAAAACGUUACUUUUUAUGCCCAGGGAUUUUUAUUUUUAUUUUUUUAAGUAAAAUCACUGCAGUUUUAGAACUGUAAUUAAAGCCCUGAAUAAUAGAUCACACAUCUUUAUCUGUUGUGUUUAAAAGGAAAAAAAAAAUAGCCCAAACUGUUCACAUAAUCCUGAAUGCCUCAUUUCCAUAAAAAAGGUUUCUAUACAUAUAUUAUUUACAUUUUUAAACAUGGUAAUUCUUUCCUUUGUGGCAUAAAAUGUCUCUUUUCCACUGCAGCUAUUGGAAAGCGACUGCUCACAUCUGAAAUGUUAUCAUAAUUUGCAUCAGGAAACCCAACUGCAGACAUUAAGGACUUGGGUGUGUUCAAUUAUGAUUUUGCUGGAGGCUGUCCCUCAUUUUAAUGCUGCACUCAUUGAACUACCUUUCUGAAAUCUAGCUGAUACGGUUCACCAUAGACAUGCUUCACAACAUCAUUAGCUUUGCAAAUGGCUUCAUUUCAGUCGAUGCAGACUUCAGUUUUGGCCAAUUGUAAAAUGGAAAUUUGAAAAGGAAAAAAACAGAUGCACUUAAAACAUGAAAAGAAUUAUUUAUAUGAUAAAAAUAUAUUUAGAUUUUCAAAGCACAAGACUGAACAGAAGUGCUCUUUUUAUGCUUUCUGAAGAUGUUACUGUUAAAAGUCUUUCUACAUCAGGCUUAAUAAAUCUGUAAUGACAUUUGA